GAAGAGAUGUGAUUGUAAACAUGCUGGUGUAGGUGUGAGUGGUGCUGUACGGUGCUGCAUUCAUCAUGACGGCUUCAGUACUGACGCUCGGACCGGAGCGGAUCGUUUCCUGGCUUUUAUUCUGGAGCGUCUGUGUUUCUGUCGGUUCUGCUUUUAACCCGAGUAAAGACAGCGAGCUGACCUUCCUCCUGCCGGCCGGGCUGAGCGGCUGCUUCUACCAACCCGCCGAGAGGAACGGUACCCUGGAGAUAGAGUAUCAGGUGAUUGCAGGCGCCGGUAUGGAUGUUGAUUUCUCCAUCGUCUCCCCCGUUGGCGUUCAGCUCGUCACCGAGUUCCGGCGCUCCGACGGCGUCCACGUGAUCGAACCCACGGACGCGGGUGACUACCAGAUCUGCUUCGACAACACCUUCAGCCGCUUCUCGGAGAAGAUGGUGUUCUUCGAGGUGAUCCUGGAGGGCCCGGCCAAUGGGAACGCCGCCGAGGACGAGUGGGCGGGGCUGGCGGAACCCGAGAACAUGCUGGAGUACAAGCUGGAGGACCUGCGGGAGUCCAUGGACGCGGUGCACCGGCACCUGGAGCGCAGCCGGCAGAUGCAGACGGUGCUGCGGGCCUUCGAGGCGCGGGACCGGAACCUGCUGGAGGACAACCUGUGGAGGGUCUCCUUCUGGUCCUGUACCUCCAUGGUCAUCAUGAUGGGCGUGGCUCUGACUCAGGUCUACACCGUCCGACGCCUGUUCGACGACAAGAGGGCGGUCCGGACCUGAGGACACGCCCGCGGACCCUCUACCCGGACCUGUCGGUCGGGACUCCGGACGGUAGCCGGCGUGACUUGUGGCUCAGACUAAGGGACUCGCAGGACUGACGGGGGAAAGUUGUGGUUCAAGUGCCUUAUUAUUAUUAUUUAAGAAGUGUGUCGCUCGCGGUGCCGAAAGUUUUUAGCGUUAAUCCACGUCUGUGUGAAGUAAAGACAAACUCGAACCCUGAA